UUUGCCUCUUCCAAGAAGACAUCAUACAGGAAUACUUCUACUUAACCAAUAUCUUACUUCCGCAGGGAAUCUAGCAGUUUAUUCCAAACACUUAAAUCUAAACCAGGAGUAGUUCUGUUGUGUCGAGUUUGUCUAGGACACAGGAUGAAGACCUCAACAGGAUUUGCCUCGGCUAUGGUGUUGGGACUACUAUUCUGUCCGCUGAGGAGCGUAGUCGUAGGUGGCUUCCAGGGCGCCUUUCCACACCCAUACAAAUACAUCUCCAGCCCCAACGAGUCGGAGCGCUCACCGCAGCAGCCACCACAGAACGGAUUUGUCUCCCGCCAAAUGGGGCCAGUAACGGCCGCGGACGAGGUUCUGGAAUCCAGCCAAGAAGCCCUACACGUCACGGAGCGCCGGUACCUCAAACUGGACUGGUGCAAGACGCAGCCGCUGAAACAGGCGAUUCACGAAGAAGGAUGCCUCAGCCGCACUAUAAUCAAUCGCUUCUGUUACGGGCAGUGUAACUCCUUCUACAUCCCCCGACACAUCUACCAAGAUGACGGGGCUUUCCAAUCGUGUUCCACCUGUAAGCCGAAAACAUUCACUACCGUCACCUACACCCUCAUCUGUCCUGGCCAGUCACCCAGCACCCAGAAGAAACGCGUCCAGCGCGUAAAGACGUGCCACUGCGCUUCCAUUGACCUGGAUUAGUUAAAGCCAUAUGGGAUGACACAUUUCGUAUAGUCUCUGUUGGUUUGCUUUCCACGGGAAGAAUUAAAAAGAAUAGAGGGACCGACCAAUGCGUAAAAUCAAACGUGCUUCCCCAUUGCAAAAACCGAAUAUGCAGGAGGGAAAUGUCCAAUCUUAAUCCUAAAAGAGGAGAUCAAAACACAACGGAUGGAACUCUUCACAACCAUGCCAAAACGCUAAACUGGCAGCUAUGCCACCCCCAACAGACCCCCAAGUGUAAUGAGUGGGCCUAUAAUGACUGAUUUGGCAUAACUGACUGGUUUAGCACAUUGUAAAUGGCUUAUAGUUUUGUGCUUACUUCUUUUUGAAUAUUUCUGGCUUGUGCAUAAUACAAAUAACACGAUCACUGUGGAGACCAGAAGGUUUGCGCAUGUAUGGCAUUUAAAUAAGGAGAAAAAGCCACACAAUGUGUUCAAUUUGACAUGGACUCUUUUUGUUAACCGUUAUGAGCCAAAGUGGAGAGAAUAGGUAUCGUUUCCUUUAAAAAAAAAAAAAAAAAAAAUAUCUUUAUUGAAGUCUUUCAUAUUUUACAAUCAUAAAUAGUUCACAUAAAUACAAUUAAACUUUCAUAUCAAUACAUUUGAGUUCAUCAUUACAUGACAUGAUUUACAGAGUUAAUAGUGUCUGUGGACAUGUUUGGAGUCCAUCUUAUUUCUUCUUUUUAGUUCUGUGUUGAUUUGUAAAAAAUAAAAAAUAAUGUUUGAAAAAAAAGUUGUUUUAUAGUCACAGUGCAUCAUGUCUUCUAAAUGUUACUCUAAGUAUCAUUCUUGGUGGACAUGCUCACUUCAGGAGCGCUUGAGGAGUUUAGUGUCAAUGAAUGUUGGCAAUUCAUUUUAAACCUGCACUGUUAGAAGUCACUUAAUGUUCAUGCUAUUGUAUUAUUUAUGUACAGUAUAUAAAGUGGUUGGUGAAUAAACUUAUUUGUAUA